AUAUGUCUGAAGCUCCUACCUCCACUCAACCUGAUAAGAAAGAUGACCUUGGUUUGACACCUGAGGAGAUAGAAGAAAACAAAAAGGCUCAACAGGAGCUAGAGGCUCAUAAUGAAGCUGUCACCAAACAGAUGGAGGAUCUCAAAAAUGCUGUCAGAAAAGAUAUGCCUUUUGUUAGCAAAUACCUCACCUUGGAUGAGUAUAAGCUCAAAUGGGAAGGCAACAAAUUCUAUGACUCUUUUGAUUCUAUCAUGACCAAGUUCUCCAAAGUCAGAGAACUUAGAAGAGAUGGAAACUGAUUCUACAGAGCUAUUCUCUGGCAAAUUUUCGAAUACUUCCUUGUGAAUAAAAGUGAACAUGCACUUGUUGAGUAUGAUAAAAUACUCAAGAAAAUAGAAGGAGCGAAGCAAGACCUCAUGGAUAAUGGCUACGAUGAAGUCGUUGUUGAUAUGUUCCAUGACCAAUUCUUAGAGGAAUUUAAAGGUCUUAGUGAACCUAAAAUUGAUGUUACAGAUGAUGAAGCUGUUGAAAAAUACCUAGAGGAAAGACUCUGAGAUGAAUCUCUUGCUUCUUAUUUGAUCACAUAUAUCAGAUUUAUUAUUUCAGCAUAUCUCAAAGCUAAUAGAGAGAUGUACCAACCUUUCAUUGAACUUGACAUGGACACAUACUGCCAGAUAAGAGUUGAUGCAGUUGAACAAGAAGCAGAAGAAAUCUGCAUCAUUGGACUAAUGAAUUAUCUAGAUCUUGCAGUUGAAAUCAUUCAAGUCCAACCUGAUGGAUUAGCAUACACCUCAAAAAUUCCGGAAGAUGCAGUAGAUGAUGAAAGUAGAUUCAUCGGAAGACUUCUUUUCACACCUGGACAUUAUGACUCUUUGCAUAUAUAGC